GUUUUGUUUUUGAGCCCACUUUGGAGGACACAGCUCUCUCUGGAGGACGUCGAAGUCCAGCCUGCCGCUGUCAGAGGACUCGGACGUACUUUCACAAUGGGAGGACACCGCUGAGGCGGCCGCAUCUACGCGUAUUGGACACUAUAGGAAAUAUCGCUAACGUCAACUUGGAUUUUUUGUGCUCCAGCUUCAAGGUAGACGCUUCUCUGAGUCUCACACAUACGUUGGACAGCGGGGAAGGACACCACUGUUGCUUUGAAGAUGGGGAGCCGGGGUCAUUACGGGUACCAUUGGCAGAGCCACAAUGUCAAGCUCAGCGGUGUGGACGACAUGGUGCUGCUCACCAAGAUCAACGAGGACGCCAUUGUGGACAACCUGAAGAAGAGAUACAUGGAUGACUACAUCUUUACAUACAUUGGCCCCGUACUGAUCUCCGUCAACCCCUUCAAGCAGAUGCCGUACUUUGGAGAAAAAGAAGUUGAGAUGUAUCAAGGCGCAGCCCAAUAUGAGAACCCUCCUCACAUCUAUGCUCUGGCGGACAACAUGUACAGAAACAUGAUGAUUGACCGAGAAAACCAGUGUGUCAUCAUUAGUGGUGAGAGUGGAGCCGGUAAGACCGUGGCAGCCAAAUACAUUAUGGGAUACAUCUCCAGAGUGUCAGGAGGCGGACCCAGGGUGCAGCACGUCAAAGACAUCAUCCUGCAGUCCAACCCACUGCUCGAGGCCUUUGGCAACGCCAAGACUGUGAGGAACAACAAUUCCAGUAGAUUUGGGAAAUACUUUGAGAUCCAGUUCAGCAGUGGUGGAGAACCAGACGGAGGGAAAAUCUCCAACUUCCUUCUGGAGAAGUCACGUGUCGUCACAAGGAAUCCUGGCGAGAGGAGUUUCCAUAUAUUCUAUCAGCUGAUUGAAGGAGCCAGUGGCGAGCAGAAGAGUAGCCUGGGAAUCACAACUUUGGAUUAUUACACUUACCUCAACCAGUCCGGGUCCUACAAAGUGGAAGACAUUAAUGACAAAAAUGACUUCCAGGAGACCAUGCAUGCCAUGAAAGUGAUCGGCAUCUCCGAAGCGGACCGUUCCAUGGUGCUUCAGAUUGUGGCCGGAGUCCUGCACGUCGGCAACAUCAGCUUCAAGGAAGCUGGCAACUACGCUGCUGUGGAGAGUGAAGAGUUUUUAGCGUUCCCUGCCUUUUUGCUGGGAAUCGACCAGAACCGUCUGAAGGAGAAACUGACCAGUCGGAAGAUGGACAGCAAAUGGGGAAGUACCCAUGAGUCCAUUGAUGUGACCUUGAAUGUGGAGCAGGCGUGUUACACGAGGGAUGCUCUAUCCAAAGCACUGCACUCACGUGUUUUUGACUAUUUGGUAGAGUCCAUCAACAAAGCCAUGGUGAAGGAACAACAGGAGUUGAACAUCGGCGUCUUGGACAUUUACGGUUUUGAGAUAUUCCAAAAAAACGGCUUUGAGCAGUUCUGCAUCAACUUUGUGAAUGAAAAACUGCAGCAAAUAUUCAUUGAGUUGACUUUAAAGGCAGAGCAGGAGGAGUACGUUCAGGAGGGUAUCAAGUGGACUCCCAUUGAGUACUUCAAUAACAAGAUUGUCUGCGACCUCAUCGAAAGCAAAAAUCCUCCUGGCAUCAUGAGUAUCCUGGACGACGUGUGUGCCACCAUGCACGCGGUAGGCGAGGGGGCAGACCAGACCAUGCUGCAGAAACUGCGGGUCCAGAUCAACACUCAUGAGCACUUCAACAGCUGGAAUCAAGGCUUCAUCAUCCACCACUACGCUGGCAAGGUGUCCUACGACGCAGAUGGAUUCUGUGAAAGGAACCGAGACGUCCUUUUCACUGACCUCAUUGAGCUAAUGCAGGGCAGUCAAAUAGCCUUCUUCAGAGCUCUGUUCCCCGAAAACCUCAAUGCCGAAAAGAAGGGUCGGCCCACCACUGCAGGCAGUAAAAUAAAGAAACAAGCCAAUGACCUGGUGAGCACUUUGAUGAAAUGUACUCCACAUUACAUCCGCUGUAUCAAACCUAAUGAAACCAAGAAGCCCAGAGACUGGGAAGAAGGCCGUGUGAAGCAUCAGGUGGAGUAUCUGGGCCUCAAGGAGAACAUCAGGGUAAGGCGUGCUGGCUACGCCUACCGCAGAGUCUUCAGGAAGUUCCUCAACAGAUAUGCCAUCCUGACUAAAGAGUCGUGGCCAACAUGGCAAGGAGAUGAGAAACAAGGCGUCCUUCACCUCAUGCGCUCCGUCAACAUGGACCAGGACCAGUUCCAGCUGGGUCGUACCAAAGUGUUUGUGAAAGCCCCCGAGUCGCUCUUUCUGCUGGAGGAGACCAGGGAGCGUAAGUUUGAUGGCUAUGCCAGAACCAUCCAGAAAGCCUGGAGGAAAUACGUAGCCCGCAAGAAGUAUGUGCAGAUGCGUGAAGAAGCUUCUGACCUUUUGCUGAAUCACAAGGAGAGGCGGCGACAUAGCCUAAACCGAAACUUUGUAGGAGACUACCUGGGCAUGGACGACAGGCCUGAGCUCAGACAGUUUCUGGCCAAGAGAGAGAAGAUCGACUUUGCAGACAAAGUCACUAAAUACGACCGUCGCUUCAAGUCAAUCAAGAGGGACUUGAUCCUGACCCCUAAGUCGGUGUACCUGAUAGGAAGAGAAAAGAUCAAACAGGGACCAGAGAAAGGUCAGGUGACUGAGGUGCUGAAGCGACAGAUUAAUGUGGAGAGAAUCUUGGGAGUGUCUCUCAGCACCCUGCAGGAUGAUUUCAUGAUCCUCCAUGAGCAGGAGUAUGACAGCUUGCUGGAGUGUGUCUUCAAGACAGAGUUCAUUAGCUUGCUGGCUCGAAGGUUUGAGGAGAAAACUCAAAGGAAGCUACCACUCAAGUUUAGUAACACACUGUCCAUAAAGCUGAAGAAGGAGAACUGGGGCAUCCUGAGUGGGGGAGCUGGUUCCCGACAGGUCACCUUUGUCCAAGGUCAGGGAGACUUGGCUGUGCUCAAGCCUUCCAGUAAAAGUCUGCAGGUCAGCAUCGGACCAGGACUUCCUAGGAACACACGACCUUCAAGGGCCGGUGUCACCCAAAGUCGGCCAAGAACUCACCAAAACACGCCAGCGCGGGCCGCACCAGGACCUCCAGUUGCUCAUCAAAAUGGCGGGCUGAAGAACACCAAUCACAUGGCCAGUCAGAGGCCCUCUGUGUAUCAGCAGCAUGGCGACAACAUGCGCCCUCACCUUCCCAACAACUUCAACCAGCAAAGGGAUCGUGGCAGCGUCAGGCCACAAGCCAACCUGGACUUUCUCAGGGUUCCAGAACAAGGAGCUGCAGGAGCUCACAGACCAUCAGCCAGCAGACCUCCACCAGGGGGCGGCCGACCCAAACCGACACCCAAACCGAAACCUCAGGUGCCCCAGUGCAAAGCUUUGUAUGCCUAUGAUGCCCAGGACACUGACGAGCUCAGCUUCAACGCCAAUGACAUCAUCGAUAUCAUCAAAGAAGAUUCAUCAGGAUGGUGGACGGGACGUCUGCGGGGAAAGCAGGGACUUUUCCCCAACAACUACGUGACCAAGAUCUAGGAGGAGGACGUUGUGAAGCACUGUGGGAUUUCUCCCAUGCUCCACUACUGCCUGCAUAGUCCAUGAAUGUAAACUCUUCAUCUUCUUCUAUGUAGUUCAUCCAGUCCUAAUGACAGCCUCCCUGUCCUCUCUGUCUUGGGAGUACUGAACAAAAUACUAUUUAUUGUAUUUAUACACAUCAUCGCUUUCUGUCCUGAUCACCUUUGCUGAGAAUAAUCUGGGAACAGGCUGUGAUUUUACUAUUUUCCAAUGUCUUUUUAUUUGUAUUGUUAUUAUUCGAUGAUUCCAAAACCAAUGUUGCAAUCUUGGCUGUAAUAUUUAUGUUUCCGUUGCAAAGUUCAGUACUUCCAUGUGUUUUUAUGGCAUUUGAAAACACCAAAGAUAACAUCUGUCGUGUAUUUUUUAUGUAGUAGAGGCGGUGUGUACUGUAACCUGAGCACGCUGUCUGUGGUGUGUUAGCACUUUAUCAGUACAGGUACUACUACCUUGGACACAAACACACAAUAUGAAGGAAGGACGGAAGGAUGAUUGUUUACACUAAAAAAACACAAACAGGCAUUUUAGCUCCCUUUUGUGUGUAUAUGUGUUGACAUGUAGGAGAGCGCCUGUUGCCUGCCACACUCUUUGAAAUGUAUAUAUUUUCUUGGUGGUAUUAACACACACACGCAGGGCUUUAAUGACUGCUUGUGGUUCUCUCCAGUUGGCUUUUUCUAUCGUCAGGCACAAUAGGUGCCGUCAGACUUCCGUGGCUUCUUUUUUUUGUUUUGCACUGCAGUUUUUCAUUUGCCUACACAUUGCUUUUCAUUUGUUGUGUUGAAUGAAGUAACCGCAAGUUCUGGGACUUGUCACGAAAUCAUCUUUUCCGUCGUCAUUGUCAGUUUUGAUCACGGAUGGUUCAACAACGUCCUUGUGCAAUACAAAGACACUAGGUGACUUUUUUAAUAAAGCAUUUAUUGUUCAA